AUGUCAGAAGUUUAUAGUAUUGAGCCUAAAACAUACGGUAAGGUAAUUAUAUGUACAAGUUUAGGUGAGUUAGAAGUUUUACUUUUUAGUAAUGAAUGCCCAAUAGCUUGUCAGAAUUUUAUUCAGCUAUGUUUAAAUAAUUAUUAUAAUAAAAAUAAAUUUUUUCGAGUUAUCCCAAAAUUCUUGAUUCAGACAGGGGACCACACAAAUACGGGGUUGCACAACGAAUACGCAUUUAAUGAACCUUUUAAAAAUGAAUAUAACAGUAGAUUAAAAUUUUUAUAUACGGGUUGUUUAUCAUUUGCAAAUUUAAAUAUAGACAAACCAUCGAAUGGAAGUCAGUUUUUCAUUACACUAGAUAAAGCAGAUUACUUAAAUAAUAAAAGCACGUUAUUUGGAAAAAUUGCAAAACAUAGCAUUUAUAAUUUAUUAAAAUUUAAUAAUAUAAAAACAAAUAAAAAUGAUGAACCGAUAGAAGAUGUGCCAUAUAUUGAAUAUGUAAAAAUUAUUGAAAACCCUUUUCACCAUUUAGUGCCUUAUGUUAAUUAUGAUAAUAAUUCAAAAUACGAAAAGGAAAAUUUUAAACAUGAAACAUUAAAAAAAAAGGAGCAAAAAGAACUGAAAAGUAAUUUGCUUUCAUUCGCAUAUAGUGACAACGAGUGCGUUGAAGGGGACGCCAGUGAAGGGGACGCCAGUGAAGAGGACGCCAGUGAAGGGGACGCCAGUGAAGGGGACGCCAAUGAAGAGGUCGUUGUUGAAGGGGAGGCACAUAAGGAGGAAGCAGGUGAAGGGGACGCCAGUGAAGAGGACGCCAGUGAAGGGGACGCCAAUGAAGAGGUCGUUGUUGAAGGGGAGGCAGGUGAAGAGAAUUCUGUUGAAUGUGAGAAAGGUAGCACCACUAGUAACAAAUUACGAAAAGAUGAAGUUUACAUUUUCAAAAAUAAGAAAGCGCAUUACAAUAGCAGCGAUAACAACAAUUUUGAUGAGGCAAAUACAAGAAUGAAGGAGGAAAAAAAGGAUAAAGACAAUUCAUCAUCAAUGAUCAAUAAGAAGGAUAACAACUUGAAUUUAGAAAAAAUUAAUAUUUUAAAAAAGAGAACAAAUGAUAUAGUAAAAUCGAACACUAAGAAAAGUAAAAAUGCUUUAAUCGUUAAGGAUCUAACCGAUUUAGACGAAGAGUAUUUAAAGAAGAUGAAAAAGUAUAACAAGAUGUCCAAAAGGGAGAGGGAAAAACAGUCGCUGAAAAAGUUGGAGGAGUUUGAUAAUCGUCUGAAGGACCUUUUUUCAACGGAAAAAAGCGACGGAGUUAUGAAGCACGACUGGUUAAACAGGACGGGUCUGAAGUUUCGCAUUGACUCAUCCAGUGCUUAUGAGCAUGAAGACAUUAAAAAAAAUGUAAUCGAUACAAUGGACAAUGAAAGAAAAAAUUUGUAUGAUUCCAAAUUUAACAUGGGGAAAUAUAUAAAACAAAAGGGAGAAAAAAAGGAGAAUGAUAAGUAG